UCCAAUGGUUUGUAAGCUUCCAGGCGAGUGUCAGAGCCGCCUCCCCCCCUCCUCCUACGUCUGCCUCUUAUUCCCUCUCUCCCUGUGCCAUGUACUUAUUCAUCUCCCUCCUCCAUCCAAUGCCUCAUCCGGGGGAGCUCCACAUACACACCUAGAGCCUUCCGGGGGGCGAUGACGAUGGAGAAGGAACGCAGGGCGUCAAAGCAGUACGGAUCUCUGGAAUCCACCGUGUGGAAACCCACCGAGCAAGCUACAGGUGAUGAUGUCAUCUCCAUGGCCGACUCUACCACCACCGUGGAUGAUAUUGAAGAUGAACUGUUCAAGAUUGAAAGGAUCCGAGAGAUCCUGGUGAGAAGAGAGUCGGAGCUGAGAUACAUGAUGGACGAUUUUCAUCUGUGUGAAGAAAUUACGACGAUGAAGAAGGAUCUGCAGAAACUUGUGUCCAUUCCAGAGAAGGAGAAGACGCAGGAGGACCAUCAGAAGGAGGAGGAGCUACUCCAGCGCAUCAGCAAAUUGGUGGAGACGCGGGAUUUCUUGGUAGACGAUGUGGAAUUUGAGAGGUUACGGGAGCGGGAGGAGGACAAGGACAUGGCGGACUUUCUGCAGAGCCGACUUUCCAAAAGUUACCUGAAGAGGGCAGUGCACAGAAAGGAAAAGACGUCAACUGUCACUUCUCGGGCGCAACAAACGUCCAACCCCCACGUCACAAAGACGGGACUGACGCUGCUGAAAGAAUGCUGCGGCUUCACCUGCUCCAUCAUGUAACGCCUCGCUGCGUUUUUUUUUU